AUGUCAGACAUUACUCACAACAAGGAGUACCAUGUACGAGAUUUGGCCACCCGAUCCGUCACACUCUAUCCCAACAGUGCCCAAGUCGUGAGGGACUUGCGCAACCUACAACUGAAGCCCGGCGCUAACGAAAUCACCAUAUUCGGUCUUACACCCACAAUUGAUGAGUCUACAAUCAAGGUAGACGGGGCCGGCUCAGCCAUCAUCACCGACAUCGCCAUUGAGCUUAUUCCCAACCGCGAGAGCUUUCAAGAUGUCUAUCCUGACUCUGAUGACGAAAUGUCGGAUGCCGAUGUCCCUCACGAAGAAGACGGAGAAGAUGAAGAAGAAUCGGAGGAGAAAGAACCGUCGCCCCUCGACAAAGUGCGAGCCCGGAUAAGACAGCUGAGAGACGAGGAACGCAGCGCCAAAGAAGUAGUCGAAAGCGCAGCCAAUCGUCUCAAGAUCCUCGAUGCUCACGGAGCUUCACUCGAGAGCAAAGAAGGCGUCAACAUCGCUGACAGCAUCGAAACUUACCGAGCCGAGCGAGAACGAAUCUUCCAAGACCACGUGGCCGGAGUCACCCGCGGACAGGACAACAUGAAGCGCCUCAGCAUCGCUCUCAAGCAAGAAACUCGGCUUGUGAAGAGAGAAAAGAGAGAGGAGGCAGACGCGACUCGUGCAAUGAAGAAAGCCCGGAAGGAGCGGGACAGACAGGCGCAAAAGGAUGCUAGGGAGAGAGCGAAGUUGAAGAAGGAGAAAGCUCGGAUUCGGGCGGAGCGGGAGCGCUUUUGGCCCAAGUUAUGUUACUCUGUCCGGGUGUCUCUCGAGGUAAUGGCUUUCACCCCAUCAUCCUCUCGUCGUACAUCGGUGUCGAGUGAGACAGCCCAGGCCUGGACGCCAGCUCCUGAGAAGACCGACGAGGGAAGAGACAUCAAGUGCGACUUAUCACUGUCAUAUGUGACAUCUUCCGCAUUCUGGGCUCCAAGCUAUGACUUGCAAUUGUUUACCACAAACAACACGGGCACACUGUGCUACGACGCCCGCAUCACCAACAAAACUUCCGAGACGUGGAGCAACUGCAAAGUUAUCCUUUCGACUUCUCAAGCCACAUUUGCCGGGCUCGAGAACGCCAUACCCACGCUCAAGCCUUGGAACAUCAAGUUGGCACCAAAAGAAGGCAACGCAAACGGGACGGACAUCCUUUCCAGUAGGGAGGAACGCCAGCAACGAAGUGAAUGGUGGCGUGCUCAACAGACGAAAGCACAGCCCCAAAAGCCUCGCAAUGAUUUGUUCGGCGUGGACUGCAAUAAUGUCAACAACAGCGCCACGAAUCUCGCGGAUUACCAGAAGGGCCUGAUGGUACUUAACCAAGAUUCAAAGCAUCGACGAAUGAUGUAUCCAGCACAAGGGCAAGGACAGUCACAGCACCAGGAUCAGAUACAGGCGCAAAUGCAGGCGCAACAGAUGCAGGUGCAACAGAUGCAGCAGAUGCAGCAAAUGCCACAAAUGCAGCGAAUGCACCAAAGUGGAUCAGCUCCUUCGCCUCAUCAAUGGAGACCUCAGAGGACAACUCAAGAGUUCAUGGGAUCCGAAGUAUCCGAGGAAGACGAAGACCUCGAUUUCCAAGAAUCUACUAUCGAAGAGACGGGAUUCACUACAACCUACGACCUUCCAGGUACAAAGACGUUGCCGCCUCGUCCAACGGCAUCCAAGCAGCGAGUCGCUCGUAUCAGCUUCUCCAACGUCGCCUUCAGCCAUACCAUCAUUGCGAAGUACAAACCUGUCGCCUACCUCAAAUCGCGAAUCCGCAAUAGCAGCCGCCUGACAUUGCUCCGGGCCGAAGCAGGUCUCACUCUCGACGGUACCUUCAUGGGCCGCACCCACUUGCCGCGCUGUAGCGCCGGUGAUGUCUUUUCCCUGGGUCUCGGCAUCGACCCGGCGAUCAAGGUCAACUACCCCAAAGUUGACGUCCGACGAACGACGACAGGGCUCUUUUCCAAGGAGAACAGCUCCGUGUACAGCCGCAGCAUCACCAUUUUCAACUCCCGUGCUUCGGCGGGUAAACCCGUCUCGCUUCUUGUGCUGGACCAGGUUCCCGUGUCGGAAGACGAGCGCCUCAGGGUGGAUGUCUUGGCACCCAAGGGGCUUGUUGUCGACGGUUCAGGAGCCUCCACCGGGCAGCCCGCUCGCGAGAGUAAGCAGGAUAUUGACUGGGGCCAGGCGACGGCAACGUUGAAGGGGCGCCAAGGCCAAGUGGAGUGGCAGGUGAAGCUCAAUGCUGGCAAGGCUGUGAAGCUUGGCUUGGAGUAUGUCGUUGCUCUCCCUACAGGAGAUUCGGCAAUGGAAUGUUCAUAG